GUGCGGGUUUCCUCAGCGGAAGUGAUGCAACACAUACGGAAGUUGACAUUUAGCGCCAAGUCUUGAGUUGGACAGUAACAACCAUGGAUGUUGUUCGCAAAAUAAAGACGAAAGUGUCCAGUGGUUUCAAGAUGCGGGGACUUAUACUACGGCCUGAAGCCAGCAGAUACCUUGUGGAGGUGCUGGAGUCCGUCAAUCCCUCUGAACUGGAUGAUGUUAUUGAAAGGGUCCUGGAUGCAGUGGAAAAGCAACCGUUGUCCUCUAGUAUGAUAGAGCUCUCUGUGGUGGAAAGUGCUGUACAGGAUUGCACUCAGUCUUGUGAUGAAACCAUAGAUAAUGUUUUCAACAUCAUUGGAGCCUUUGAUGUGCCCAGAUACAUUUACAGUGUGGAGCGGAAGAAAUUUGUACCCAUUAGUAUGACGAGCCAUCCAGCCCCCAGUCUGUGUGGUUUGGCCAAAGACAAAGCUGAACUCUUCAGGGAGCGUUACACCAUCUUACAACAGCGUACUCAUCGGCAUGAGCUCUUCACCCCACCUGCAAUAGGAGCUGCCGUUGAAGAGGGUCAAAACAAAUUUCAGCUAAAGACAAUUGAAGCACUGCUUGGUAGCACAGCUAAACUGGGAGAGGUGAUUGUACUAGGGAUGGUCACACAACUGAAAGAGGGCAAAUUUUACCUAGAAGACCCAAGUGGAACAGUACAGCUGGACAUGUCCAAAGCACAGUUUCAUAAUGGCCUGUACACAGAAUCCUGCUUUGUACUGGCAGAGGGUUGGUACGAUGACUCAGUGUUCCACGUCAAUGGCUUCGGGUUUCCACCAACAGAGUCGUCAUCAACCACAAGGGCAUACUACGGCAAUAUGAACUUCUUUGGUGGUCCAUCCACCACUUCGGUGAAGGCUUCAGCCAAGCUGAAGCAGGUGGAGGAGGAGAAUGAGGACGCCAUGUUUGUAAUUGUUUCUGAUGUGUGGCUGGACAACGUUGAAGUGAUGGAAAAGCUCAACCUCAUGUUCUCAGGCUAUGCUUCGAUGCCUCCCACCUGUUUCAUUUUGUGUGGUAACUUCUCUUCUGCCCCGUAUGGAAAAACACAGAUCAAAUCACUCAAAGAGUCAUUGAAGGCUCUUGCGGAUGCUAUAUGUGCAUACCCCAGCAUUCACAGCAGUAGUCGCUUUUUGUUUGUUCCUGGCCCUGAAGACCCUGGUCCAGGCACCAUCCUGCCAAGGCCUCCCUUGGCAGAUCACAUUACAGAGGAGUUCAGACAGAGGGUGCCAUUUUCCGUGUUCACUACUAACCCAUGCAGGAUCCAGUACUGCAGCCAGGAGAUCGUCAUCAUCAGAGAAGACCUGGUCAACAAGAUGUGCAGGAACUGCGUCCGGUUGCCCAAUAACAAUCUCGACAUUCCAAACCAUUUUGUUAAGACCAUCCUAUCCCAGGGUCACUUGACUCCACUGCCUCUGUAUGUCAGUCCUGUGUUCUGGGCGUACGACUACGCCCUGCGUGUCUACCCGGUCCCUGAUGUCAUUGUCUUCGCAGACAAAUAUGACCCCUUCAGCAUCACAAACACAGACUGCCUCUGUGUCAACCCAGGCUCAUUCCCAAGAAGUGGCUUCACAUUUAAGGUGUACUACCCAUCCAACAGAACUGUCGAGGAUAGCAAACUUCAAGGACUCUAAAGAAAACAUGGAUUUAGAAGUGGAUCUGUUUCAAAAGUUUUGUACAUUGCCUUUGUAUGAUAGUUUAUGCUUAAAAUGGAUUAGUAAUCAAACCACUGUAGUGUUUUAUUUUGUAUGUAUGUUCUGUCAUGAAUAAUAAAAGUUUUAUUCUUCGUACUGAA